UGCCUUCAAAUGCACUGCUGGCCCUUUAAAUCCUCUCCAUUAUAAUUCCUGGAGCGAGCAGCUGGCCAUACAAAAAAAAAAGAGCGAGAAAGAAAGGGAAAAGCACAUAGUCUCUUCAAAACACAAACCCAGACACACAGACAUGCUUGCUCUCUCACCUAUUCUCACUGUCGUCUGAGGGAGGGAGGGGGACACUGUGGAGGAUUUUCCAGCCAACAGAAGUGAGCAGGGAGGAAAGCAGAAGAAGUUUCUUCACAGAGAGCAUCGGAUCACUCUGCAAGACAAUGCAUUCUUGUCGAGUUUUACCUGCUCCUCUUUGGAUUUGGUAAUUGUGUAGACUUUAAGUUCUUCAAACGGUCUGAGACAGACAGAGACUGAGAAAGAGAAUGCUCCCUCAGGUCAUAAGGAUUUUAUACGUCUUGUCUUUUUUCUUUUUCCAAGGGGGCUUUAUCAGACUGGGCUCCUGUAAAGAGGAGAUAAAGUCCUCCGGCAGGCCAGCCCAGAAGCCUAUGUCCCCAUCGGACUUUCUGGACAAGCUGAUGGGACGAACCUCUGGCUAUGAUGCUCGCAUCAGACCCAACUUCAAAGGACCAGCAGUAAACGUCACCUGUAACAUCUUCAUCAACAGUUUUGGAUCCAUUACUGAAACAACUAUGGAUUACAGGCUUAAUGUCUUUCUACGGCAGCAGUGGAACGACCCUCGACUGGCCUACAGUGAAUAUCCAGAUGCAUCUCUAGACUUGGACCCUUCUAUGUUGGACUCCAUAUGGAAACCUGACUUGUUUUUUGCUAAUGAGAAAGGCGCCAACUUCCAUGAAGUCACGACAGACAACAAGCUCCUGAGGAUUUUUCAGAAUGGGAAUGUGCUUUACAGCAUCAGGCUAACACUCAUCCUGUCUUGUCCCAUGGACUUGAAGAAUUUCCCAAUGGACAUUCAGACCUGUACCAUGCAGCUAGAAAGCUUUGGCUACACCAUGAACGAUCUGAUCUUCGAGUGGCUUUCUGAUAACCCUGUGCAGGUUGCGGAUGACUUGACUCUUCCUCAGUUUGUACUAAAGGAGGAAAAGGAUCUCGGCUACUGCACUAAGCACUACAACACAGGUAAAUUCACCUGCAUUGAGGUGAAGUUUCACUUAGAGAGACAGAUGGGCUACUAUCUCAUUCAGAUGUACAUCCCCAGCCUGCUGAUUGUCAUCUUGUCUUGGGUGUCUUUCUGGAUCAAUAUGGACGCGGCACCGGCUCGGGUGGGUUUGGGUAUCACCACUGUGUUGACCAUGACCACCCAGAGCUCCGGUUCAAGAGCCUCGCUACCCAAGGUGUCCUACGUGAAGGCCAUUGACAUCUGGAUGGCUGUUUGUCUGCUGUUCGUGUUUGCUGCAUUAUUGGAGUACGCAGCAGUCAACUUCGUCUCAAGGCAGCACAAGGAGUUCAUCAGACUGCGCAAGAAGCAGCGAAGGCAGAGAAUAGAGGAAGAACUUGUGCGAGAAAGCCGUGGCUUUUACUUCCGAGGGUAUGGACUGGGCCAUUGCUUGCAAACAAAAGAUGGGACGGCAGUGGAGGGGUCCAGUGUAUUCGCCCCACCACCUCCAGUGCAAGUGCUUUACGACGGAGAGGCUGUCCGGAAGCGCUUCGUGGACCGAGCCAAACGAAUCGACACCAUAUCGAGAGCAGUAUUUCCUCUCAGCUUUCUAAUAUUCAACGUCUUCUACUGGAUCACCUAUAAAGUGCUGCGACACGAGGAUAUCCACGCCAACCCGUAACCGCACCAUCUCUCCAGGUUCAUCUUACAGCUUCUUUGAUUUUCUUAUAUUUCUUGAUUUGAACCGAAACCGCCUGUCAUACUCACUCUAGAAGGCAUAUUGACUCCAGAAAUGCCGUCAGUGCUAAAAACCAUGUGCUCAGGUGUGACUUCUGGAAAAAAAAAAGGUUUUAUAGUGCCCUCUCUGAAAGACAGGGGCUCGUAGAUGCCAAUGCUGCUGUUUGGGGAUCUGGCUCUCCUCUCUUUCACAUCUUCAUUCGAAUGGAUUGCACUAAUAGCGGUUGUCCUCACUUUGUAGGCUCCAUUUGAGUUAUCGGCUGGUUGGGUAGAAAAUACUGACUUGAAUUUUACCACAAGGCGCAUCCUUGAACGAAUGUUUUUGAAAACCUCAAAACAAAUGUGUUUUUUUACAUCUGAAAAUGCCAAACUAAUGGGCUGUGAAGGGGAGGAUUGGGAUUUAUUAUUCAUGGGUACAGUUACAGGGGAGCGGUCUACUGUUUUACUAAAUAAUGAGAUUAUAAAUAUAUAUAUGACUGUAUAAAGUGUAUAUAUGCAGAGUUGUUCACAGACUGCAGACAGCACAAAUGUGU